UAAUAACCUUGUCGUCGACCCAUUUUUUUUUUUCUUUUGACCCAAAGCUUUGUUUUAUAUAUUUAAUUUUAUUUUUCGAUCGCACGGAGAUUGUAACAAGGAAACCGCCGUCGCCGGAUCUGGUAGUGAGCGUAUCCAUGAAGUAGACGACGAAGAAAUUACUUUCUCAUCUUAAAACGUAGUUUAUGUACAGAAGAUUCGCCCUCAAUUUUUGAUCUGAAGGGUCGGGUUUACUUUUUUUUUUUUUUUUGGGUGGUUUUGCGUUUUCUCAUUUGACGGUUUCUGGAUUGGGGAUUUCAAAACCAUGAGGAAGAAGCUCGAUACUCGGUUCCCAGCUGCUCGAAUUAAAAAGAUUAUGCAAGCUGAUGAGGAUGUUGGCAAGAUAGCUUUGGCAGUGCCUGUCUUAGUCUCAAAAUCUUUGGAAUUGUUCUUGCAAGACCUUUGCGAUCGUACAUAUGAGAUUACCCUUGAAAGAGGAGCCAAGACCGUGAGCUCAUUGCACCUAAAACAUUGUGUGGAAAGAUAUAACGUGUUUGAUUUUCUGAGGGAAGUUGUGAGCAAGGUGCCUGACUAUGGCCAUUCGCAAGGGCAGGGCCAUGGUGAUGUCACCAUGGAUGAUCGCACCAUCUCCAAGAGAAGGAAGCCCAUCAACGAUGAAGUGAAUGACAGCGACGAGGAAUAUAAGAAAAGCAAAACGCAAGAGAUGGGGAAUGCUAAGCCCAGUGGCAGGGGUGGUAGAGGAAGAGGGCGAGGAAGAGGUCGUGGUGGACGAGCUGCAAGAGCAGCCGAAAGAGAGGGUCUCAACCGCGAGAUGGAACUAGAAGCUGCUGUAUCGGGACAGCCACCUCCAGAAGACAAUAUCAAGAUGCAUGUGUCAGAGUCAUCACCACAAGAGAAUGAGAAGAAAGACAUCGAUGGCACAGUAGCAUCAAACGAAGACAACAAGCAACACCUUCAAAGUCCAAAAGAAGGCAUUGACUUUGAUCUCAACGCUGAAUCCCUCGACCUAAACGAGACCAAACUGGCACCAGCCACUGGCGCAACCACAACCGCAGCAACAACGGACUCAGAGGAAUAUUCGGCCUGGCCUAUGAUGGACAUUGGCAAAAUGGAUCCAGCACAGCUUGCCAGUCUGGGUAAGAGGAUAGACGAGGAUGAGGAAGAUUAUGACGAAGAAGGCUAAGGCAUAGCAGCACCAUAGGAUAUAUAGAGUAGCAGCGUUUAGCGGUUUAUCUAGAAAAUGCUUCUUCUGUCUUCAAAAUCUUCUUCUUGUUUCCAUUUAUUGUACGGACCAAAGAUUGUAUGCGCUUUAUAAAACUUAAUUUUAUUCUCCUGAUAUGUUAUUUAA